AUGCCCUCCAUCAGAGCUCUAUCCAGGCGCUUCACUACCGGCGACAUCGACAAUUCCGAUGAGCGACCCUUGACGCCACCUCCUCCAUAUGUAUCUGACGACGAGGAGAUAUGCCAUGCCAAGGACAGCAAGGAAAACCCCUCCGAUGGGUUAGAAAGAGAUCUUUCGUCUCUGGACAUCAAAUUUGACUCGAUACCCGAUCUUUCUCUCACAAACCCGGCCGCCUCCAGACGCGAUGACUCUGGUCCAUCCACGUCCAGUUCCGGUCUCUCCAAGAGGCAAAUGGCAAAGAACUACUUUCUCGAUUUCUGCUACUUCCCAAACGACUAUGAUCAACGUCUGGCCAAGUAUCCUGACACUCAGCUCAAGAAACAAGAAGCCGUGAAGACGAGGAUCUGCUACUCGUCCAUGUGUUCGAUAAUCAGCGGCACAGCCUUUGCCGUACCGUCACACGGCGCCUCGGCGGGCAUUUGCGUAUGGGCGGCUCGCAGGUGGUACGUCGCGGCGAAGAAGCUGAAAUUCAUCAAAGCCGAACUCGUCAAUCGUGGGAUCGAACUCAGACCGUUCCUCCAUCGAGACUGGAUCAUUCCUGCUUCCGUGGCUAUAACGUGUCUUGCAGUCGGCAUGGGGGUCGACUUUGGUCUUGCAGGGGCAGUCCCCCUUGGACAUGCGGAGCACACGCUCAGCGGCGGAGGACAGAUCCAGCCAGAUUCAGGGACAGCCACCCAAGGUCUGCAACAUGCUGGCAAUGUGACUGUGGCGCACGCCGCCGAUCCCGCCCUACAGACUGGUACAGGCAGCCACAUCCAGUCCGCACUCCAUCUACAACAUGGAGCUGAGCCUGCCGGUGCACUCGAAUGGCACCAGAGUCUGCACGAGAAGAUCCAAUCCGCGGCACAGAACUGGGGUUCAGGAUUCCGAGACCAGAUUGAAUCGUUGUUCGGAUCGACACAUCAUGCCAUAUCGUCUGGGUUCACUCCAGAUCAGACAUACGAAGGAGCCGCCGCAUGGAUAGCUGGCGCGGAGUCGGCUCAGCUGGUUGAGAAGCAGAUCAUGGCUUUACUCAGCAUGCAGGUCGUGCAGCAAGUGUGCGAGCGUCUAGACUACGAAAGCAUCCUGCCCAGAUACAACCACAACAUAAAGUGCAACAGUCUACCGUGGGCGACCGACAUAAUCUGUUCGCGAUGUGAGACGAAUGUUUCCAAGGGGAAGUUCUAUCACUGUCUUGAAUGCCGCAAGCCCAAGGACAAUCAGGCGUGCACGACCACUCCCACCACCCUCUGCAUCCGCUGCUACGAGUCGGGGCGUACCUGUCCCGGGGACGACACGCACAAUUUCUACGCCUUUCCUCGCGCCAAGUUCGCCUCGUACAGCCAGGACACGCCGUACCAGAAGCACCAGCCCAGGGGUCAAGCGCCGACCGGACAGGCGACGUGCUCUGAUUGCCACGCCAGGAUUGACAAGGGCGCAUUUUACCAUUGUUCGAAAUGCAAAGGCGGCACAUUCGACCUGUGCGACGAAUGCUUCGAACUGGGCGAACACUGCCUCGACAAUGGCCACGUGCUCGUCAAGUUCUACGCGUGGAAAUACAUCCGCCACGUCGACAAGACACGCAAGGCGCUUUGGAGGUGCGCGAACGAGCGCUGUGUAAGACCAGAUAGGAAGAAUGAAUUCUUCUUCAGUAAGUCGUGA